AUGGACCGCCACUCCGACACUGAGGAGCUCCUCUCGGAUGCGCCUCGCGCCCCCAAGACCUGGGUCUUCCCCCGCGCGGCGGCGGCGAUCCUGGGCGGCGUGGGCUUGCUGGGCGUUGGCUUCGUGGGCCUCAAGUCGUCCCCGGGACUUCGAAGCAAGUCUCGGAACUACCUGGGCCUUGAGGCAGUGGAGUGCUUCGAGCAAGGCAUGUUCUACACCAGCCCACACAAGCUGGACAGCACCGAGAGGAGCGUGGAGCUCAGCGCUGAGGCGUGCCAGACGCGGUGCCAGGUGGUGCCCGAAUGCUCUCACUUCACCUAUUGGCCGGAUGGAGGCUGCCUGCUCACCGGCGAGGAGUCCUAUGUGAAGGCGGCGCCCUUCAAGUACUCGGCCACCGUCACCGGCCCCAAGUUCUGCAAGGAGGCCAUCGAGGCCGCGCAGGACGCCGUCAGCGCCGCCGGGGAGGCCGCCUCCGGCCUGGACGCCCAGAGCUCCUGGGGCGCCUCCAUCCAGCACGCCGCGGACUCCGUGACCAGCGGCGUGCAGGGAGCCGCCUCCGCGGUGGCGGACGCGGCCACCGGCGCCGUGGGCUCGGCCACCGAGGCGGUGCAGAAGGUGGUGGCCACCGUGGGGCUGAACGGCACCGCCUGCUCCGCGUACCCCGCCUGCGUGUCGGUGGGGAUCACGGAGGGGGACUGCUGCCCCAACACCGACAAGGUCAGCCUCGGCUGCUGCGCGGGCUUCCCCAAGAUGGUCGAGGAGGUGAAGAUCGCCGCGGGCUCCGAGUGCACGUUGUUCCCCCAGUGCAUGUCCCUGAACAUCACCGGCGCCUGCUGCCCCACCCCGGAGGGCGUGCGCCUGGGCUGCUGCGGCCCGGAGAUCUGAGUAAGGAGAGCGCUUUAUUUUAAGCCGAUAGAUCCUGACCAGCGGGCGGGUGGGUCCGCAAUGUCGGCCCCCCGCUCCAAAUUAAUCAGGAGUUUCAAGCUGCAACGAUUCAGGGUCUGAUGGAGUCUCUGUGUGUGUGUGUGUGUUGUGUAUGUCCGAU